UCCUGAGGCAAAGUGAAAUCAAGCCGCAGACUCGGACUAAAUCUAGUCCCUCGGUUUUCAACUCAUAAUUACCGAAAGAUGAAAAUAACAAGCACCCGGAACAAGCGUGUCGCGGCGGAAUUAUUAUAGCAAUGGAUCUGUCCAGGUGCUGAAGUCUUUGCGUCGUCUUUGUAAGAGUUUCCGCCGUGGCGUAAAGUGAGUGACGAGUCGUGUCCCCAGCAAGAGGCAAGAACUUGCUUUGCAGCCCGAGUACUUCUUCUUUCGGUUGUUAUUGUCGCUUUUAAAUUUUCUUUUUUCCACAAAACUUCUUCGCGAUUGCUUUAAAAGUGAAAGAAAAGUGCUUUGAAAGUCACAAUAUGGAUGUACAGGGCCUACAAGACGCACUGAAAUUGGAAAUUCAGUGUCAUCAGAAACUAGUUGCACAGAUGAAGCAAGACCCACAGAACGGGGAGCUUAAGAAACAACUCCACGAAAGACAAGCAAGAAUAUCAGCUCUAAGCGAAAAACAAAAGCUUGCGGUAAGAAGUUGUCCUGUUGUGAAUACCAAACCCAUUUCCCUCAUCAAGCCACCCAACCAGAGCAUAGCGAUUUCUGUGGUGCCGGUGGUGCCGGCAAAGAAUCCUGUCCCCAUGGUUACCGUACACAAUAACGGACAGAAGGCAGCGAGUCCAGAGCCUCCGCAGACAGUCCCCAUCAACCUGCAGACAGCUAGCAAAGUGGGGGCCAGGAGAGUGUCCGAGACAUUGAGCUCACAGAUGCUGGGAACCAUCACAGCAGAACCCAUCAAGGUUCCUCAGGUCAGCUCCUUACAUCGAUUGGCAGGACAGACAUCCACAGAGCUACCUCAGGUAAGGCCAAAGACCCUGAUCCCCGACAGUGUGCCGGUCAGCCCAUGUCGAGAGCAGUCGUCCAGCCAGCCUCAGCCCCUGCAGAAGGCCACGGUGGUCAGCAUCAAGAACGCCGGGCCUGCUCUCCCCACAGCCAACAACACCAUCUGCCACGUCCAGCUGCCAAAUGACCAGUCCGUGGCCACAAGCUUCUCCGAACCAGCCAGCGUGUCUCCGGUCCUCACCACGGCAGGAGUGGCCUAUGCCAUCAUCUCCACGUCGCCGGGCAACAGCAAUGGCACCGCAGUCUCCGUCAUCAGUGAUGCCAUGAAGGGGCAGCCUCUCCUCAUCAGCACAGAGAGCAAGGUGAUAAUAAUUCAGCCCCAGAUUCAAAGCCAGAGUCAGCCAGAGAUUAAAGUGGAAGCCAAGAAAGCAUCUGAAGAGCCUGUUCAGAGCGCUCCCCCACCUGCCAGGAAGACAAAAGCAGAGAACCCCGAGAAAAUUGCCUUCAUGGUUGCACUUGGCUUGGUCACAACAGAACACUUGGAAGAAAUCCAGAGCAAGCGGCAGGAAAGGAAGAGACGGAGCACAGCCAACCCGGCCUACAGUGGUCUGUUCGAGCCUGAGCGCAAACGACUUGCAUCAAACUACCCCUUGUUCCUGACAGCAGGAGCCAAUGAGGAUCUCUGUUGGAAGGAUGACGUUGUGCAUGAUGAACACUGUGCAGUGUGUAAGGAUGAUGGGGAGCUGCAGCCCUGCGAUACCUGCUCCCGCGCCUAUCACCCCGACUGCCUGGACCCCCCGCUCAAAACGCCUCCCAAAGGGAUGUGGGUGUGCCCCAAGUGCCAAAAGAAGGUGCUGAAUGAAGACAGCAUGGCGUGGCCUGAGAACCUGGCCAUUGUGCACUCCUAUAUAACACACAAAGCAGUGAAGGAAGAGGAGAAGCGGAAGCUGCUGAAGGAAAGCAUACAGCUGAAGAGCGAGCACAAGCAGCUGGAUGAGAAGGAGAGGCAGCUGGGCAGCUCAAUCACGAAAUGUGUGGAUUUGAAAAACAGCCUGCUGGCGGUGCAGAGGGGAACGCAGGCCUCCUUGGAUCGGCUGAAGGCUCUGAUCCGACUUAUCCAGAGAGACCAGGUGAUCCAGGUGACCAUGACUGCCACCACCACAGCGGCCUCCCCUCUCCUCACUAUCCCCUGGAUCAAACCACCGAGCUGCGGCAGCCCCCCCUCCGUCUCUGCCACCAGCGCUGCCAGCAACCCUGCCGGCGCCCUGCAGAAAGGCCUUUCUCAGGCCCAAGGCAACAACUGACACAUCCGGGGGGGGAGCCAAGAUAAAAACCGAGCAACACGAACAUCUUCUCAAGAACAAUGAACUCUUUUUAUAGGUCUGAAACACCAUAGAAAUCUAAGGAAAAAUACUAACCAAUGCAGUUUAUAGACAACUAGUUUAUAGACAAACCCACAAGCAGUUUGUCCAUGCAUAUUUUGUAACUCCGACACCUUCAGUGCUUACGAGAUUUUUUUUUUUAUUCUUGGCCUUAAUGUAUUUAUGAAUUUAAAAAAGAAAAAAAUGGCCGAUAGAAAAAAGCAACUAGUAUUCAGUACGGCAGACGUUUUGUUUUUAAAAAAAAAAAAAAAAAAAAAGGUUCUGCACAUAGUGAGAGACACAAACUAGUUAUUAGUAACAGUAGUUAUUAAAAAAAAAAAAAAAAAAAAAAUUGGAAAUGUGGGACUGUCCUUUUCAAUCUGAUUAGAUUCAUGUAAUUAUUCUCUCCAAGUCUGCCAUGUGUAUUCAGGUGAAAAGGGGCUGGGGGAAAUGUUUUCAUUGUGUAUGUAUAGAUCUAAAGAGCCUUCAAACAAAACAAAGAAUCUUUUUUCAGUAUUAUAGUUCAGAUAUUUAAAACAAACGAACAAAAAAAAAAAAAAACACUGCAGAAGUUUGCAUUUGUCGUGAAAAUGUAUUUUCUUGCUGAUGCCUGUCGAUUAUGCGAAGUAUUGAAGAGGGAUCUUUUUUAUUUUUCUUACAGGUCCUAACUUGCUGUCGAUGUAUUUUUCUCAAUGAUUUCGUGCAAAAAUGUUAUUGUUUCUGCUUGCACCUUAUAGUAGAUAUUUUUUAUGGCAAGCCAAGUGUUCAUUAUUCUAUGUUUUUUUUUUUUUUUUUUUUUUAAUAUACUUUUGCCAGUACAGAAAAUAUGCCAAAAAAACUUUACAUUUUUGUACUGCAGUCUUGCUUAUCUGCUAUUGUUUCACAUUUGUUUUUUAAAAUUGUAAAAUAAUAAUAAUGAUAUGAAUUUAUACACCUGAGGUGUCGCUUGCCAUAAAAUAUCCAUUAUACGGUACAAAGAUAUACUGCCUCACGUGAAACAUCUGGAGGUUUCAUUAUAAAUAUAUCAGAAUUUGUUUUACUGGGGCUGCAAAAUGAUGAAGGUUUGUAUUUUGUGAAGACCUUCCUUUACUUUUUUUGUUAUUGUUGAGCGAGACAAAUUCAACAACAUUUGCUUGUUUUACUAGUUAGUCUUCCUGAUAAACAAAGGGACAGACUGGGCCUUUUCUAGGCCUCAGGCCUAUUGUUUAUAUUUUAAGGCUUUUCUCAUUAAAGCCUUUCAUUCAGACUCUGAGGCCUACAUUGGUAGGAAGUGUUAGGUGACCUUUUUUUUUUUUGAUGUUGUUUUUUGUUAAACGAUAAAGAAGAAAAAACGCUAGUUUGAUUUAUUGGUAAUUUUUUUUUUUUUUUUUUUUUUUUAUAUAUAAAUAUGCAGUAUCCCUUGGGUGCAAAAAAGAGUAAGGUAAACAAAGUAAAAUAACUGUUGAGAAAGGUAUAAAACAUACAGUAAAUGAUAGUCUGCUUUCUGUGGAUGAUCUUUUGGGUAUUGGUAUGAUGGUUCUGCUAUUUUUACUGUUUGUUUUUUUUUUUUUGGAGGGAGAGGAAUCUUUAUAAUUGGUUUCCGAAGGCUACAAAUGAAUUACAGUGGGGUUAUCCUAAUGACAGGUUUCAAAGUACUGUCCUACACAUCAGCAAGGGUCUACCUGUACUGUCUUCACACAAAAUACGCUUUAAAUCCCCAUAAACCCAUACUGAACAUUGCCACUGUUAAUAUAAUAUGGAUUCACCCUGUUUAUCACACAACUGCAGGGCUGUUAGAAAGAACCAGUAUCCUCUGCGUAAUCAUCCUUAACCUCACCCCUUAAAACAAUUCAUACGAUUUGUGCCAUUGUCAUCUACAUCUAUCUGUAGCUCACACCUUUGUCUAUAUAUUUCUAUCAUUUUCUUCAGAUAUAUAAAACCAGCGAUAAUUCCUUGAAUUGUCUGUAGAUUUCUGUAAAUAGUUAUAGAUUUCUAUAGCCAGGAUUUAUACUCGAAUUAUACUUUCUGCGGUAAAACUAUAGAACUUACUUAUAGAAAUGUCAUGGCCAGUGCCUUUGUCAGUGUUAUUACAUGUUAAUCUUAUUGCCCAAAUCUCAAAAAAACUCAAAAAAAGAAAACAUGAUUUUAUAUGUAACCUUUUCACAAAAGGGUUGCUUUGUUCUGGUUUUGAAUUUGUAUAUAAAUGACACACAACAAGAGCAAUAACUGCUAGUUCAGCAAGGCUCUGAACUUAACCACCUAAGAGCUCUCUGGUGUACUCUUCCUUUUCAAAGAGUGGAAAGAGAAACAGGCAGCUUUGAAACAACCAACUGGUGUGGAGACAAUACAAGAAGGCUGAUGAACCUACAGAUGUGCUACUGCAGAGUAUUUGAUGUUUAGAAGCCAGUUCAGAAGUUUUGCUGGGUAUGUAGGACCUAGGGGUUGGUUUAUGCAGAAACAAGCACUGAAAGUCAUGCAACGCGACUAUGGCAGGACAGCUAUGAUAUAGAGUCACCUUGUGCUUUCCUUGGUGAUCAGUGAUUGACUUGGACACUAAAAGGUCCUGUCCUGAGAAGGUUCCAAUUACCAUGUUUGUAAAAAACAGACAGACUGACUGUGACAUAAUGUGCUGUUUCUAUUAGAACCGAGCCUGACUCGGAGCAGACAGCCCACAUGUUUUCUGCAGCAAGGAUUCAAAGAUUGUGCCUGGGUUACAAAUAAUGAAUGUCUGCAAAGCUGCAUAGCCCUCAGGUCUGGCUGUGAUCAGGAUUUUAAGUGGAAGCUCUUGUGAACAGUUGCUACAACCUAAAUGUACAGUUGGAAAUGGGGCUUGCAUUUCAAUAUCCAUUGGUUUAUCAAUUACCAGUUAGAUUCAAUUGUGUAAAAAGUUUACACAAAAAGCUCAGUAACUUUAACCUUAGACUGAGUAUUGAAAAAGAUAAAUCAAAUAUCUAAUCAAAUUGUAUUUAUAACUAGGGAUUUAUUCUGGAUGUUUAGACGGUAUAAUGUACCUAAACUGGUGUUAACUGAAUAUGUGCUAGUGUUCUCUCUAAGGGUUUUCCGUUUCAGCAAUAGCCAACAAAAGAGACAAAUACUGUAGCAAGAAUGCAAAAAGUUUUAACAAUUUAUGCAGCAAUUAUUUCGGGGUUUUUUGGGGGUUUUUUUUAACGCAAUUAAACCUUACAUUAAUAUAUAAAACCAGCUGCCACAUACCAAAAUGUUAGGUAACUGUCUGAAUAGGUCUUGUCCCACUGUAAAAGAAACAAUAAUUUAACCAGAACACAAAUCCCUAAUCUUAAAAGCAACAUGCUGACACUGACUGUAACCACAAGUAUUGUAAUCCAUUCAAAUCUUAGAAACCUUGCAGUAUGGGUGUAACAGAAAGUGAGUGAAUCUGGAAUCUGGAAACACUACCCAUCACUCUCCACCACCAAGCACUUGGGGAUGUACACACGUGAUGUGAGAUUCUUUUAUUGCAUAUCAUCCAGUCUGGGAAAGGCUUUCCAGUUCACCUGCGGUCUCUUCAGAUCGAAAUUCCUCAUCAAAUGGGAUACUGCACUACAGUUCCAAGAGCAUGAACAAAGUCUACUGAAGCUGCGACAUGAGGCAAGCCCAUUUAAAACAAAAUAAAUUACCAUAUCAACGCAAAAUGAGAAUGUGCCCUUAAGCAGUCGUAUUUGAAGCCAGUUGAUUCCUUCGAUCAUUUUCCCAACUCCGGGAGAAACUGUGCAGCACUAUACAGAUCUAUUUUAUUACACUUGACGCUAGAACAAGAUUUUUUAUAUUAUUUUAUCAAUGAACAAUGAUGGAAAUAUACUACAGUUAUUGUUUGCCAAUUAUGCACUGUGUUGUGGCUUGCCAGGUUCAAUGUGUUUUAUUUCCAUGGCGAGCUGAAAAGCAAGAAGACAUUGGAACUGGAGAACGGAACUUCAGACGGAAUUCCUCUGGGACUGUUAGCUGCAGUGCUUUUAAAAAAAAAAUGAAAAGGAGAUUGUCUUUGGGAUUGGGUGUAUAGGAAACAAAAGUGUUUGUUUUAAAUAUGCCAAUGUACUUUUACGUCCUUAUGAUGCAUUAAAAAAUUGAUUGAUGGAAGUUGCCGAUCUGUUAUGUGUAGUCUUGCUGCUGCUUUUUUUUUUUUUUUUUUUUUUUUUUUUUUUAACAUACUAGAUCUCGAGUGCAGGCUUUUGUUUUGUUGCAACUUUGUAAUAGGAUCACCCUAAAAUACACCAUUACCUUAAUGAGGAACUUUCUUCACUUUUUAGUUUCUGCUUCUAAUCCAAAAGAGAUUUUUAUGAUGCUAAAGAUAUCAAUAAACAAUCUCUCUGCUUUCCGUUUUUUUUUUAAGUAAUGUUCCUUGUUCCCAGAAUAUGGCUUUGGGGACUAGAGCGUUGCAAACAAGAUCACAAAUAAACACUUAAUGGGCAUGCUAUGUACUGUAUAUUAAAAAUAUCCAGUUGCUCGCACAGGUUUUUGGUUAAAAACCCAUAUCCACUGCCUGUAGCAGACUGUGCUCUAGGAUUGAUGCUGCCCCUAAGCAUACAAUUCCCUCAUUUAAAUCUGUCGAGGGUGACCUGCAUUAUAGAAUUGAUUUGUCCCAAGGCCACAGCAAUUCAAGGGCUGCACCUGUAUUUGCAAUCUGUUUUUACAGCUGAGUAGACUUGAGCAAUGUUGCUGCUGUCAUGCUGUUGGGAACAGCACAGUACAUUUCUAAUAUGAAUUUAGUGUGCUAAACCUGGCUUGCAUGUAGCUUAGAACUGGGAGUGGCAAGUUCCCAUGGUAUAACAAUAAUGGGAAAACAAGUGAGGUUUAUGAAGAGGAUUCCAGGGGUUUACAGAAUUAGGCUAAUCACAGGGGUCCCAUUCACCUGACUUUAAAGAAUGGUUGACUUGAGGAUUUGAGAAACUGGUACGUGAAACACGUAGCUGAUUCAGUGCUAAUGAAGAGGACUGAUUUAAUUUAAGGAAGUCUGUCUUUAAGGAAUUAUGUCUUCUAUACAACUAAGAAGCAGAAUUAAAGGAAACCUGAUUUGUUAGAGAAAGGGGCUUGUUAUCUGGAGAUUCCCGGUUCAAUCCCAGCUCAGCCACUGAUUUGCUGUGUGUGAC